AUGCAUGAUGUGAUGCGUGAGCCACCAAGGGUGGAAGUGAGAAGAGGAGGACGAGUGGAGCAAGGCAACCUAGCCGUGGAGAGAUGGAUUCAUGGUGGAAGUCACCAUGGGAGUCCAAGCAUGAGGGCAAGACCACAAGACAUAAGGUACGAGGUACCUAGAUAUGAAGAAGGCCAUGAGGUCGAGAAUGCUCAUGAAGAAGAGAGGCCAUAUGGCCAUGAUCGGCGUGAAGAGAGAAGGCACAACCACUAUGAUAGAAAUAGUGGUCAUCAUGGGAGAAGGUUUGAAGAAGAGUAUCAUGAGGAAAGAAGAGGAAACCGGGCUAAUGACCGGAGACCCAAGGUAGACUUUCCUAAGUUCAAUGAGGGAGAUCCCUAUGAGUGGCUUGACAAAGUUGACCAUUACUUCCAUACCUAUGAGGUGCCAAGAAGAGAGAGGGUAUCCACGGCAUGUUUUUAUUUGGAGGGUAAAGCUAGCAAGUGGUGGAGGUGGAUUAGAGACCAAUAUGAAAAAGAUGAGAAAAGGUUGGGAUGGACCGCUUUUGAGAAAGAAUUCUUGCUUCAAUUUGGCCCUUCGCCCACCAUCAAUCACCAUGGGCAAUUGGCUAAAUUAAAACAAGAGGGAAGAGUCCAUCAAUACAUAGAAGAAUUUCGGCAACUACAAACCCUUUUGAGGGGGUGGUCCGAAGAAGCACUUGUUGGCACAUUCAUUGAUGGUUUGAAGCCUUGGUUAGCCAAGGAGAUCAAAUUGAAGCAACUCACUAGAAUCCAAGAAGUAAUGAGGAUGGCCGAAAUCCUUGAAGAAAGUGGUACCAUGGAGAGGAGAUUUUCCAAGGAUGUGGGGAGUAAAGCCUCAAAAACUUUACAAACCAAAGCACCUGGGAAAACUAAGGUGGAGAUGGAGGUUUCUAAACCAAAGCCCUAUGAGGUUAAGAAACUUUCUAGACAGGAUGUCCAAGAAAGAAUCAAGAAAGGCCUUUGCUUCAAAUGUGGAGAUAAAUGGAGCAAGGAACAUUCAUGUAAAUCGGGUAAGGCCUAUGUGUUGAUUGAAGAAGAAGAGAAUGAAGAGUCUUCACAUGAUGAGUCCGAACAAGAGGAGGCCGAACCUAGUGGGGAGGAAGAAGAUGCCGAAUUAUCACUCAAUGCUAUGUCCGGAGUACAAAGACCCACUUCCAUGAGGGUCAUGGCAUGGAUUGGGAAAUUUGAAGUCACUUUGUUGGUGGAUAGUGGCUCAACACAUAACUUCAUCAACUCCAACAUUGUCACCAAGGUGGGGUUGAAAUCGAGCACCAUUGAGCCUUUUGAUGUUAAAGUGGCUAAUGGGGACAAGUUAAGGUGUGAGGGCCUUGUGAAAGAAGUUAAAAUGAAUGUCCAAGGAUUACGAAUUGUGGCGGACUUGCAUGUUUUGUCACUAGUGGGACUUGAUGUCGUCUUGGGCAAUGCAUGGCUCAAAGGCAUUGGCAAAGUUAUUAAUGAUUAUGAGAAGAUGACUAUAGAGUUUUGGAUUGGAUCCAAAAAGAAGUUAUGGACAGCUUUGACCUCCAAGGAGGUGAGGUCUUGUGAGGCCAUGAUGUUUCAGAAAUUGUGUAAAGGUGGAGCUAGAUGCUUUGCCAUUAUUCUAGCAAAGCAAGAGGCACUUUUGGAGGUUGAGAAAAGUGAAGACGGGAGCAAGAGGGAUGACUUGUCCUUGCUGCCCGUGGAGGUCCAAGAAGUCUUGAGGGACCACAAGGGAGUUCUAGAGGUGCCAACUACCUUGCCACCUUCUAGAGUUUUUGAUCAUUCCAUUGCCUUGGAAAAUGAGGGCAAACCGGUGAAUGUUCCUCCAUACCGGUAUGCUUAUUUUCAAAAGGAAGAGAUAGAGAGGCAAGUGGAAGAAAUGUUGAAAGGAGGCUUGAUAAGGCCUAGCAAUAGUCCUUUUUCUUCACCGGUCCUAUUGGUGAGAAAGAAGGAUGGUACUUGGAGAUUUUGCACGGAUUAUAGGGCUUUGAAUGAAGCCACCAUCAAGGAUAGGUUCCCUAUACCUACCGUUGAUGAAAUGUUGGAUGAGUUGCACGGCGCUAGCAUCUUUUCUAAACUUGACUUGAGGGCGGGUUACCACCAAAUCCGUAUGAAAGAAAGAGAUGUGCACAAGACGGCCUUUAGAACUCAUAAUGGACACUAUGAAUACCUUGUGAUGCAGUUUGGAUUGUGUAAUGCACCUUCCACAUUCCAAGCCGCCAUGAACACCAUUUUCAAGCCCUUGUUGAGAAAAUUUGUUUUGGUUUUCUUUGAUGAUAUCUUGGUAUAUUCCAAGAACAUUGAAGACCACAAGUUGCAUUUGAAGGUGGUGAUGAAGAUUCUUGAGGAGCAUCAUAUUUUCAUCAAAGUAUCUAAAUGUGCUUUCAUGGAAAAAGAGCUUGAGUACUUGGGGCAUUUCAUUUCGGGUGAAGGAGUCAAGGUGGAUCAAAGGAAGAUAUAG